CAUUUCACAUUCAGAAAAUCUUUACGUUUUUUAGUUUUGCUUUUUUGAUGAACUUGAAAAAUCGACAGAUAACGGUACGAGAAGAGUUCAAUUUUGGGUUAAAGUGUUAUUUAUUAUUAGUUAAAUAGUUGUAUUAUAAUGGAUUCCUCACAAGAAAAUAAUAAUUCAAAUAUCACUAUGGCCAAUGAUAGUGAUGAAGCUGAAAAAGAACCUUUGGAAGAUGAGGAAGAAGAGGAGUUGGAUGAAGAUUUAGUUUCCGAGGAUGCUUUCUGGCACAUCGAAGCAAGUUGGCUUAGUGGCUUUGAGGCUGGAAUGAAUAUUGAGAUAGAACAUGAAGACAAAAAGUUCUGGCCGGCUCAAAUCACAAAUGCUUUUUCAAAUCUACUCUCGAUUAGAUGGUCUGGCUCUUCAGCAGACUCAUGGUUUGAUGUCAAAGCAAAUAAAUGUUACCCUCAUGGUUAUUUGAAAGAUAAACAAGGAUACUCAUUAGAACCUCCAGAAAAGGUGCAACUAUCUGAUGAGGAUAAAGAUGAAAUUAUCUCAAAAUAUGCUAAAGGAGAAAAGCCAGCGGAUGAAGAUGACAAACCACUAAGUCUGUAUGUUUCUGGUGGGCUCAAUCCUUCCUCUGUUUUCAAAGCUGGUGUGAUGUUAGAAAUAUCACAUCGAUUGGAUCCAGAUAAACAUUGGUUUGCUGAAGUCAAGAAAAAUGUUGGUGGUCGAUUGUUAGUCAAAUGGGCCCAUAACUGCGAGAAAGAGCCUGACGCUGAACCAAGUAAUCCAGUUGAAUUUUGGAUAUUCUACAGUCACCCGCGUGUUCAUCACUUAGGUUAUGCUAAAGAAAAAGGUGACAUUUCCUAUGAAUCUGUCUUUCUCUACAACUCUUGGGUCACGGAUAUAGCAAAAUAUUUAUCCUCUCAAGACAAUGAAAUUACUUUAACUGUCAAAUAUUUGCUCAAACUGGCUAAAGCCAGGCGACCACCUAUAAUGGAAGAAUCAUCAAUUAAGAACAGCCAAGUUAGUGAUUUAGCCUUGACAUUCCCUUCUGAUUUGGGAAAAUUGGUUCCUGUAAUCAUUCAAAGCAAAGGCGAUGAUUAUCUCAUUGUAUCCAGUCAGUCCAAAAAAUGGGUUUCUUGUUACCCGAAUGACGAUAAUAUGACUCUUCUACCAAGCUCUUGGGCAGAGGAACAUGGUGGCAGCUUAUAUAACUUUGAAGACGCGACAAAUGAUUCCAGUGAUUAUCUCAGUAAAAAUAAAGCUAACGAAGCUCCAAUCAAAUUGGUGGAAGACGAAAGGAUACAUAAGUUCAAAGUUAAUCACAAACUUCAAGUUGUUCAUCCUCAUGAUCGCACCAAGAUUUGUGAUGGCAUUGUUUCCAGACUUACUCCGCCUUUAGUUUGGGUUGAAAUUUCAUCUGAUCUAGUUGCUGUUUUGCCUUAUAACUCCACUGACUUAUUUCCGUCUGGUUUUUGUGAGGACAAUUCAUACACUUUAACCAAACUUCUAACAGCCAAAAACAAGAAACCAACAAAGAAACGAAAUGACUCUAAUGGUGAUCAAGAGACUUCUGACAAAUCAUUAGAAGCUAAGUCAACCAAUAUACCUCCAGAAUUAGUUCCAUCCCGUUCUAGAGACGUUUGUCCUAGAAUAUAUUUCAACCAUAAAUGCUUUACUGGUCCUUUGCUAAGCAAAACAAAAAUUCGUGAGCUUCCUCGAUUUGUUGGCCCUGGUCCUGUGAUUUUGGUGAUGCAAGAAGUUAUAGCAAAAAUAAUUUCGGUUGCCUAUGUACCUCCCAGAGUUCUCAAUGAGAUGAGUUCAAGAGCUUUCGAUGAGCUUCUCAGUAAACAUAAUAUUGUGGCAACCCGCACAAAUAAUUUUAAAGCCAAAUGGCAAAAGAAAGCAUUCCGAGACGAAAUUUUUGUGGUAACCAAUAAUAAAGAUGUUGCCGAUUAUUGUAAAAUAGUCUGUAAUCAUCUCAAAUGCUGUUAUCAUCUUUUUGGUCCUGAUCUCUAUGAUGGUGAUGAUUGUCCAUCACAUUGUAGAGGUCUUCGUAAAACUAACAAGGUACUCAAACGUGCAAUAUACUAUCGACAAAAAGCUGCUAAGACGAAGACGGGAACAGAGCCAAUAAAACCAGCUGGAUCACCAUCAUCUUCAGGUACCAAAGAGGUUGAAUCAUCUGAAAACAUAGAGCCCGGUGAACAAGCGGAAGAAAAUCAAGAAGACAAAGAAAUUAAAAAUAAGAAAUCUAAAGAAACCAAAGAAGAAAAAGUGAAACAAGGAAAAACUUCACCAUCAGGUAGAGCUGCUCAACCCGUAACUCGCAAGUCAUCUACAUCGAGCAGAAAACCUGAUGAUGAAAAUUCUCGCGAAAAUUCUCAGGAAAAUUCACAAGAAAAGUGCCCCUCUGAAAAGUCUAAUGGUGAUUUUCGUGAAGAAUCGCCAACUGCAUCAAUGGAUAACUUCCGUGAAACAACCAAUCUUGGCCGAGAAAAACAUGAAGAGAAAACCUAUGAUCGAGCUUUUCUUAGAUCCAAUAAGCGUAAAUAUGAAGAUUUGUUGGAAUGCACUUCUAGUAAUGGCUCAGAAAAUUCACUUGAUCAAAGAUCUCAACCAAAUGCCAAUCUUGAAAAGGACAACAAAAGAACUAGAAAGCCUGGUAGGAAAGCUCAAAAAGCCGAGACACUGUCUUCUCUUAUUGAUUUAAAUGAUCGAUUUCACCCAGUCAAUUGGUCAACCAGUGAUGUAUAUAAUUAUUUUAGAGACAACAGUUGUUAUACUCUUUCUGAGACACUAUAUGAGCAUGAAAUCGAUGGAUUAGCUCUUUUACUUUUAGACAAUAAAUCACAAUGGAUGAAUCUACUGCUUGGAUUUUCUAGGAAGAAUAAUCUCGAUGAUGUUACCAAAUUGGCUCAGAUUAUACGCAAACUUAAAUCACGCUAUUUUCCUGGAGCCAGUCAAAGUUAUAUCCAAUUAACUAUCAACAAAGUUUCUUUACAAAGACAAACCAGAAAAUCUAAUUAAUGGAUAUUCAAUUCUUUUGACAUCCCUAUUAUAUUUAGUUUUACACUUUAUUAAUGUAUAGAAGGAGAUAUUUAAGCAUCUAUCCACUUAUUGAUUCUUCACCCUUUGAUUCCUUUUCCUCCUUCUAAAUGAUAUGCAGCCUUAAGAACAGGAAUCCUUUUACCAAAACCUACAAAUUUUCAAAGCUUACGUUUUUUUUACUCUACCAAAACUGUUAACAGUGUCAAAUUUAAUGUCAAAUUUAAUGUCAAAAUCCCAAUAAUUUCCCAGUUUUUUCUUUAAAUUUUUUGGGAAAAUCCUUUUUUUUCGUUUUCUAGCUAAAAAGAUUCUUUACAAAGACUUUUCGACCCUUCACAACUUAAUCUAUGGCAGUUUCAAGUGAUCAACGAAGUUCAAACUUCCAUUUAAACGCAAAAUGACAAAGCUUUAAUAAACAAAACAAAACGAUAAUGAAAAGAGAAAAUGGUUCAACAAAGCGAGGAAUACGACUCAGGAAAACAAACAGGGAAAAAACGAAAUGACCAAGUGCAUUACAUCUUGUCUUAUUUUUUUCAAACAAACCCAAAUUUCCUUUCACAACCUAAACCCAACACUUGUAUCAUUGUACACAAUUAAUCCUAAUACAUAAUUAAUCAAAUCAAUAUCGGACCAAUUUAAAUUGGAAGAAAAACAAGAUAAUUUUGAAGAUGAAAAAAAGGUCAAAAGUAAUGCAUCGCUUUUGCCCAUUUGUUUGUUAAAAUCAUUGUUGCUCCCAAAUAUAUACAUUUGUCAAUAAACACUUUUUCAAUGAGCAA